UGCUUUACAUCUGUCAAAUUCUAAUAAACAUCAAAAAAAAAAUUGAUAUUGCAGUUUCUUCUUUCUAUAACAAUUCCAUUCUAUUAGAUAAUAAAUUUAAAUACGUGUUGUUGUAAAUAUGUGAGGGGUUUGGAUAAAUAUCAAAAACUUUAUUUAUUACUUUAUUCGACCUAGGUUAUGGUUGAAACUGAUAUGAUUGUAAAGUUUUCCACAUUUCCACCGUCUCCCUUCCAUAAUAAAGCAGUUUUAUAUUUUUAUUACAUUACUUAUACCUAAUUUAAAAAUGUAUCAUAUACUUAGGAUAAUAUUAUAUAGACUGUCGGUUGUGUCUACGUUAACUUUAUUUUGUGGUGUAGUGGUGUUUUGGUUUUACGGAUUUAUAACGGCUUUUAUCGUGUUCACGGUGGGCAUAUCAGGGAUUCUUUACAAUGCACAAGAUCUUCUACUUUAUUACCCCAAUGACCCACCAGAUUCCAGAGUGUUUGUUCUUCAACCCAGCAACUAUAAGCUUCCAUAUGAAAGUAUAAAAAUUAAUAAUAAAGAUGGCUUCAAAAUACACAUGUUUCUUAUAAAACAACCAGUAAAUAGCAAUCACAAGCCUACAAUGAUAUUCUUUCACGGUAAUGCUGGGAACAUGGGACAGAGGCUUUCGAAUGUGUCUGGUUUCUACCAUAAGCUUAACAUCAAUAUUCUCAUGGUGGAGUACAGAGGCUAUGGUUUGUCAGAAGGAAGUCCUUCAGAAAGAGGGUUAUAUGUUGAUGCACAGUCGGCCCUUGAUUACAUCAUGCAGAGAACUGACAUAGAUGUCAGUAAGAUCAUGGUUUUUGGAAGAUCUUUAGGAGGAGCUAUUGCUAUUGACUUAGCUUCAAGACUGGAAUAUAGGAACAAGAUAUGGGCGCUGGUGGUGGAGAAUACUUUCACCAGCAUACCAGACAUGGCACAAGUUAUACUGAAAUGGAGAUGUUUGAACUGGCUUCCCCCUUGCUGUCAUAAGAAUAAGUACCUAUCUUUGAAGAAAAUUGGGCACGUCAUGACACCCACUCUUGUGAUAUGCGGCUCAAAUGAUGCUCUGGUCCCGCCUGCAAUGGGGAAAGAGCUGUAUAUGCGAUGUGGAGCAGUCUGCAAGAAGCUAGUAGUGAUGCCUGGCGGUGGCCACGAUGACACCUGGACUUGCAGGGACUACUACUCCUCUGUUCAACAAUUCUUGCUGAAUGUCCCGCCCUUACCUGGUGAAAUAGGCCCGUUCUUUGACGACGAUACAAAUUCGACCAUAAGACACACUAUAGUACAUACAGUAUAGUAUAAAAUCUAGAAUAAUUAGACAUAACAUGAUAGUAUUCCAUUAUAAUUUUACAAAUUUUAUAUAUACAGAAAGAUAUUUUAAUAGGUUUUUAAAUUCCUGUAGCUUUAUGUGUAGAUAAUAAUUUCAAGUUUUCCAAUGUAUUGGUACAAAAUGGCGAUGCAGAUAUGUGAUUGUGACGAGAUUUAAUUAUAAAUUACGUACAUAUGUUAGCAGAUAUAGUUAUGGAGUCUUAAUGUAAUACAUUCGGGAAAUAUUUUUGUAAAGAUGCACAAAAUGUGUAUCUAUUGUGUACCCUAAAGCAAAUAACUAUAAAGCACCAUCGAGUUUAAGGAUCGCCUCACAAAUUACCGUUUUUUUUUUUUUUUUUUUUUUUAAGGACCGCAACAGUUGUAUUCUAGUCUGCCGGAUUCGUAACUCAGAUUCCUCGGGUCUGUACUUGAAAUUUAAAAUCUUACAUCUUACGUAACGUACAAUCUAGGUACUAUAGGUACCAUGUCAGUUUUCCAGAAUAGUUAGUAUCUAUUAGUAUUUAUGGAAUACUCGUCUCACGUAACAAUACUUCCAUAACGUAACGUCUUAUAUCUAUAAGUAGUUAUACUUCCAUAAUACUACUUGUUGUUAAUAUGCUACGGGUAUAUAUCUCUGUCAUGUCAUUGUCUUCCAACGUGUUCAACAUAAUAUAACGUCGCCAUUCCCAGCAUUCUGCAUUCGGUUGUGAAGUCGCCCCUAACUCGAUAGUGCAUGUACGAAUAUUUUGGUUGCCCGCUCCAUAUUAACAUCUCGUUGACACUCGUUCGACUGAUUAUGUUGUCGCCAGCAUAAUUACGUAAGCAAUGUUUUAAGUUUAACUAAGAACUGCCUUAGUAUAAAAGGAGCUUUAGUUAAAUCAAUUCGUUAUAGAAUUUACAUAUUUUUAUAGUCAAAGCAAUUAUUUUGUUGAUAUCAAUUCAAUACAAAGCUUUAGUGUAAUGUUAGCACAAAAAUGGUAUUAUAUAAAUUUAAUGUGUAGGUAAGUGCAAGGAUGGCUGACUUGAUUGUUAAGCAGCCGAGUAAGUAUACAUAAAUCCGAAAUAAUAUAGCAGGCGUGGACCGGUGAGACUGGUUCAAUAUUUUAACUAGUUAUAGGGGAUUUUUUCUCAAUGUAGAGGUUAGUCGCAGUAGUUUGAAGAGAGUAUAUUCCAAUUGUUGCCGAAUGUACACAUGCAGUCCACGUGUCCUACACCCGCACUAAGCUAACAGCUUGAGGCUGCUUAUCACAAUGGCAGGGUUUUGUAGUAUUUGCACUUGUCCGUCCUACCAUUGUGUACAUGGUGAAGCCAAAUUAAGUCUUUUAAUUUACUUCUGCCAGAGUAACCAGAUACAACAUUCUUAGAUAUAGGAACGGUAUUUUGAAUAUUAUAUUGGUACAAUGAUAAGACCUGAUUAGUAAACUGUACGGAGUUGAUAGUGCAAAGACAAUGUCACAAUUAUAAAUUUUAAUUACAAAGGCUUACAAAACCCUUAGUAACUGCUACAAAUAAUUUCAGUCAACAGAUUUUUGAAAUAUCUGGCGGAGAGGACAGGCCUGCUUUUGCUUCUGUAGGUACCUAUGUAAUGUGUUGUGACACUGCAUAUGCAGACUCGAUGUUCAUUGUUUACAUCUGUACAAGUAGCAUGUAAGGAGUCCCGCAAAGAUGUUGAAAAUAAGGUAUUUUCAACGUCCUUGUAGUCAAAUAUCAGGCUAGUUAGGCAAUUCAUUCCGUUAAGUUUUAUAUAGGUAUCUGAACUCGUUGGUUAAAGAGCACAAGUACACUCACAAAUAGAACAAUCUUCAAUACAAAUGACAACUUCUCCAAUGCAAAUAAUAUCAUACUUCCUUACUAAUUAUAUUAAUAUUAUUUAUGUUUGGAGGUUUGUCCGUCAAUUACGGUGAAACUACUGAAUGGAUUUUUAUGAAAUUUGGUAUACAUACAGGGUAUCAGCUGACUUGGGUGGUAGGGCUUUUUAUCUCACAGGAAAGCUGGCGAAGCGGCUGGCAGAAGCUAGUAUUAGAAAUAGAGAAGUGUAUACCUAUGACUUUAGGUAUGGAGACAUGAGAAUGAUAUGGGUCUUUUUUGACCGCGCGGGCUAUGCCUUGGCGGAAAGCUGACUAAGUGACAACCUUCGAAUUCUUACUACGAUCAAAAAUUAUGAAAAGUUUUAUUAAGACCGAAAUGCUACUUCGGAGCCAACAACAUAUUUAGGGGCUCUAUUUUAUUAAUAACUACAAUACAGCGGCUCUCUAACCACUUGAGAAUCAAAUUCCUUUUUGGUUAAUGUUUUGCAGUAAUUGUACUAAUUAUGAUUUAAAUAUUAAUGUACAUACAUACCUAUAAAUUAUUCCAUUUAGAUUUGUUAAUUUAACAUAAUUAACUUGUUUAAAUUAAAUGUAUUUAUAUGGCAAUACGCAGUUAGUGCAGUAGUGGCAAUCAGUGCGGUAACGUCGGGAUGUUGCCCAUAAACUGCCUGAACAUGUCUGUUUGAUAAUAUCGCAUGUCAAGCAAUAACAAAAGUACAUUAUCAUUUUUUUAAUAUUAAGUAGGUAUAUUUUAUUAUAAAAGAGCUGUGAAUGUGCAGACUGAAGCGGUGAGCUCCAGUAAGCUAUUUUAUGCUAGACACUACGAACUCGUUGCGUCUUUGUGCUAAUGGUCCAAACAGCAAAGCGUUUAGCUGCUUAAAUAUUUGGCUGUUACGGUGCCAAAAUCUUAUUUGAUAAAAUAAUUCCAUAAAUGUUGUGUUAUGUGUGUUUUGAUUUAGCUGAGUGAAGUAGAUUGCGUAAUUUAUAUAAAAAAUCCGCUCUUAUUUUACUAAAUUAAAUAUAUUAUCUUUUCUAA